AUGGCUGCGUCUCAGGAUCCAUCAAACGGUCAUUCACUAGAAUCACACAAAGAACUAGUGCAGUGGGUCACAAAUCAUGGCGGCUACAUCGCUGAUACUGUAUUCGUCGCCCAAGACGACACCCGGGGCGUCCACAUCCAAGUGAGGACAGACCUGCCCGAAGCCAUCAGCAAAGAGACGCGUGUAAUCAACACACCACUGAAUGUGACAAUGUCCUACUUCAACGCGAUCGACUACACAUGUCCCAAGGGCUCAUUCCCCAGCCACGGCGUCGUAUUUCCGAGGGAAUUCAUCGAGGCUGUCGGGAGGGAGGAGACGACGGCGUUUUACCUAAUGGGUCAGUUCCUGCGUGGCGAGGAGGGAUUUUGGUAUAAGCAUUGGGAUAAGAAAUUUGACGAGGGGAUGGCUAAGCUUGAGGAGUUGGGUGUUGAAGGGUUGGAGAUGUUUACUUGGGAACUGUACCUGUGGGCAUCAACUAUUAUCACAUCGCGGGCUUUCUCGCCCAAGGUCUUGUCCGGGGCUGUGGAGGAUGCUGACCUGCCGGAAGAUUCAGUCCCGGUCUUGUUGCCAUUGAUCGAUCUUCCUAACCAUCGACCCUUGGCGAAGGUGGAGUGGCGGGCUGGAGAUGUAGAUGUUGGUCUGCUUGUGCAGGAAAAUGUUUCACCUGGCGAGGAAAUUUCCAACAACUACGGACCCCGUAACAAUGAGCAGUUGCUGGUGAACUACGGAUUCUGUAUCCUGAAUAACCCCACGGACUACCGUAUUGUCAAGCUUGGCCUCCCAGAAGAGAGCCCACUUGGUCAGGCGAAAGCCCGCCAGGCCGAAAUGUUCCCAGAGCUGGCCAAGGCCGUUGAAGACCAUUACUACAUCUUCAACAUUUUCUACCCACUGCUGGCACAGGAAAGACCAAUGGAACACUCGAUUUUCUCGCCAGCUCUUUUCAACGCCAUAGCAGUCAUGCAGGCCAAUGAGCGCGAGCGCAGGAAGUUAGAGAUUACAGAAACCAGUAUCUCUAUCCCCGGUGGCUACGGUAGCGGACGAAACACAUUGGCAGUUCUAGCGCAAAUUAGCUUCGAGCUUAUUGCGCAUAUUGCGCACCUUCAGGAAACUGCCGAAGACUUGCCAGAACAGCCAUCGAACUUGAAGCAGGCUUUUGCGCAAAUAUAUCGCAACGGACAAAUCACACUGGACAAGACUGCCUUGAUUAUUGCGGCGUGGACGAUUUCUCGUGCACGGGAGCAUCAGCGGGGGGAGGACUGGGAGGAUAUCAAGGUUCUUCUCAACGAUCAUAUGCAGAAGAUUCCGGCAGAUCAUUUCUCUCAUGAGAUUAUGUCCCGGAUUCGUGUGCGUGUGCUGGAGCGACCGUCUCUUCUCCCCAAGAAUGGGGAGUUGUUCCGACUGGGAGAGAUCUACAGUUUACUUCCAGUUGAGAUGCAAGCGCCGAGCCAGCAAUGUUUCGCCCACAUUUUGGAGGAGGCUAGUAGCCAGCGCGUCCCCGCCCUCAAGACAGAUCCGCAGGCUCUGUUUGCGCUGGUGGUGAACUUAUUGGUUGCUACUCGACGCUCAGCUCAAGCGCAGUCCCAGCUGUCGUCACGUCUGAUUCGGUGGGUGGACUUUCUACUGGAAGAGUAUCCUCUUCAGAACAGCCCAGAGGAUGAAUGUAGUGAAGUCCUCGAAAAAUUGGGGGCAUACGCCCAGAAUCAGGGUGCACAGUUGUGGGCUGAGUCUGAUGGGGUAACUUGGCUGGACUCGGAGAGCGGGUGGCUAAACUCGAAGUGGCUGCAAUGGGCCUGGCGAGUGGUGAAUGGGGAAAUGGUUUUGAUUCCUUUAGAUCCGCUCCAGGUGUUAACCAACAGCCCGGCGAUGCCAAAGCAGGCGGUGCUGUAUGUACCGCAGGAGUAG